AUGUUCUCCGGGUCCAACUCGUACUUAGGGGGUGGGAACAGCGCCCGACCUGGCCAGCAGCCGCAGUAUGGCCAGCAGCAGUCGUUCCAGCAGCCCGGCGGAUUCCCGGGCGCCCUGGGGCCUCAACCGACUGGAUUCGCGGGCGGCCCGCUGCAGCAGCAGUUCACGGGCUAUCCUGGCCAGCCGCAGGGCUUCCAGCAGCAGCAACCGCAGCAACCGCAAUUCACGGGCUAUCCAGGGCAGCAGGCACAGCAAUUCCAGCAAGCCCCGCAGCAGCAGCCCUUCCAGACCGGCGCGCCGCCUGCACAGCAAGCUGCCCCGCCCCAGCCGCAGCGACCGCAGCCCACGGGCAUGACCUCGUCGCAGAUGGCCGAUUCCUUUCGAGGCACGGCCUCAGCACAGCAGGCCCCGCCUCCGGUCCCCGCCAAGACGAGCAAGAUCCCGAACAUCAGACUGUCCUUCAUAACGGCGCAGGACCAGGCAAAGUUCGAGCAGCUGUUCAAGUCCGCCGUGGGCACCGCGCAAGCUCUGUCGGGAGACCAGGCCCGCGAUCUGCUGAUGCGGUCCAAGCUUCCAGGAGACGCCCUUUCGCAUAUCUGGACGCUCUCCGAUACCACCAAAUCGGGCCAGCUUCUCUUCCCCGAAUUCGCUCUCGCUAUGUACUUGUGUAACUUGAAGUUGACAGGCAAAGAUCUCCCCAACUCGCUCCCGGAACGCGUCAAGAACGAGGUGUCGAGCAUGGUAGACAUAAUCUCGUUUGGUGUGGUGGACGAACGCCCUGGCCGCUCGACCCCUGCGAGCAACGCGCCCAAGUUCGACGAGCCGCUGAACCAGAGCUCCCAAAAUGUGCCCACGAUCCAGCAGCCACAACCGCAACAAUCCAACAGCCAGCUGCUGACUUCGCUUGCGUCUCAGCCGACCGGAUUUGGUGGACUUCAGGGAGGAUUACAGGCACAGGCGACAGGCUUUGGCCAGAACCUUGGUGGUGGAUACACAGGCCCUCGUCCACCCAUGCCUCCAAUGCCUACUGGUUUUGGCGGAGGGCUGAACCCGCAGCCCACGGGCUUAGCCCCUCAGCCUACGGGUUUUGCUCCGUUGAAUGCUCAGCCUACAGGAGCUCCAGGCCAGUGGGGCCUAGUCAACAACCCUACUACAGGCUUGCCCAACAUUGAAGCUCUCGCUCAAAGGAUGAUGCCGCAGACCGGCCGCGAAGCGAGCGGCAAUUACACUACCACUGGUCUGAGUGGCAAUGCGACUAUUCCGUGGGCUAUCACCAAGGGUGAGAAGAAACUCUAUGAUGAUACUUUCAAGGCUUGGGAUGGCCUCAGCAAGGGCUACAUCAGUGGCGAGCAGGCACUCGAGAUUUUUGGUCAAAGCGGACUUGCCAAACCCGACCUGGAACGCAUUUGGACGCUCGCUGAUUCCGCCGACCGCGGUCGCCUGAACCUUGAUGAGUUCGCUGUUGCCAUGCAUCUAAUAUACCGCAAACUGAACGGAUAUCCCGUACCCAACCGCCUGCCCCCAGAGCUAAUUCCACCCUCAACUCGUAACAUUAAUGCUUCCAUUGGAGCUAUGAAGUCACUGCUCUCUCGUGACGCGGAAGAGAGGAAGAACACUGGCGCAUUUCUGCAGCCCCAAAAGACUGGUGUCAGCUAUCUCAAAUCUCACUCCUUCCAGGCUGGAAGCCCAGCUACUGGUGGCCGCAAGGACGCCACCGUCUUUCGUAAUAACGAUGACAACAUGGGAUAUCGCUCCAGUGCACGACACCGUGUCGGUGCUGGUGGCCGCUCUCCUUCCCCGGCCACACCAACCUCACCCGGUUCAGAGCGUUCCGACCAAGAAUAUUCCCUUGAUCAGCUCAGGAAGCUAGUGAGAGAAAAACAAAUACUGUUAGAUGCGGUCGACAUCCGGGACGAGAAUGCAGCUGACGAGGACGAUGCACUUGACCGUCGGGAUCGACGAGAAGCAGAUGACCUGUAUCGUCGCAUUCGCAGAGUCCAGGAAGAUAUCGACGCGCAUCCACAGGCCGCCUUGAGAGGAAACGACUCCGAUGCUGAGCGCCGUGCUCUCAAGCGUCAGCUUCAGAACUUGACUGAUCGCUUACCCGAGCUUGCUUCCAACGUGCGUCGGACGGAGCGAGAAAUUGCUGAUGCCCAGUUGGAGCUGUUUAGGCUCAAGGAUGCCAAAGCCCACCCUGGCUCUGCAUCAUCUAUUGUGGGCACUGGCCCAGGCGGUUCGAUCACUGAAUCAGAUCGGCUGAAGGCUCGUGCCAAAGCUAUGAUGCAAGCGCGUUCUGCUGCUCUCACCGGCAAGCCUGUGCCGACUACUGGGGACGAUACAGGUGCGGCUGCCGAACGCUUGGAGAAGGAGAGCUCCCGAAUUCGAUCUGAGCGCGAAAACAACGAGCGAAUGAUCCGCGAUGUAGAGGACAGCGUCAGUGAAUACACCAAAGGCUUGGAAGCCAGUCUCAAGGAGGGCGGGCACGACAAUACUAGCGAACAUGAACGUCGCCGUUGGGAAGAUGCGUUGGGUGUGGAGGAUGAGGUCAAGGACUUUAUUUUUGAUCUCCAGCGAAGCAGCCGUUCAGCUCGUGUCAGGAAAGAGGAUACAUCUCGUCACCAGACAACCUCACGUGGCGAAGAGAACAGGGAGCUUACAUCUUCAUCUCGCUACGAAAGCCCAGCACGCAGUGCUGAACCGCCUCCUCGGCCAUCUUCGACUACGUCCGGUACCGGUUCGUACUCAUCCUAUAAGACGCCAGAAGAGCGUGCGGCUUUCAUCAAACAACAAGCGGAGGCGCGCAUGGCGGAAAGAUUGGCUGCUCUUGGCCUGCGCCCGCCAGUAAAGGGUGGAGAAAACGCACAGCAACGCCAAGAGCGGGAGAAGCAAGAAAUGGAAGAGAAACGCCGAAAAGCCGAAGAAGAGGAUGCGAAGCGAGAAGAGGAACGUCAGAGACGUCUGCAAGAGGAGUCUAUUGCGCCGCCAGUUGGAGCGAAGACUGCCGGCAAGAAACCCCCGCCACCGCCUGCGUCAAGGAAACAAAAGCUUGACCAGACUGAAGCCGAGGGAAAGAGAGCUGACCAUGACAUGGCCGAAAGGGCUCUACGUGAACAACAGCAGGCUGAAGAAGCUGAGCGCAAACGCAUGGAGGAUGAGGAGCGGCGGCAAGAGAAAGAGUUGGCCCAACAGGAAGAGGAGGCUGAAGCCAGACUACGUGCGAUGCAAGAACAGGUCGAGCAGGGCAAGCUCAAGAAAGCAGAGCAGAAGAAGCAGAAGGAGGCGGCUAAACGCGAAGCCAAGGAAAAGGAAUCACAACUUGCUGCGCAGCGUCGCAAGCUAGAUGAGAUCCGCGAACGCGAACGCCAAUUGCAACUACAACUGCAGAGCCUCGAUGACGAGGAAUCUUCGUCGGAUGACGAAGGCCCUCAAAACAUUACACCCAACGACACUACGCCGACCGCCAGCCAGGAACUACAUCGCGAUGCUGCUUCACAGUCAGCACCACCACCAGCUCCCCCGAUGCCACAGAUAGUCCCCCCGGUGCCGCAGCAAAUGGGUACCCCGCCCUCGUCUGUGGCCAGCCCCCCAACGUCUUCACUGACAAGCCCCCACCCUGCGCACGGAGAAAGCGAGACAAAGAAUCCCUUCUUGAAAAAGAUGCAGCUGUCCAACCAAGAUACUCACGCCUCGACACCUCCACCCCUUCCCAGCAACACUAGCGAAGUGUCUACAAACCCGUUCCAUCGUUUGACGCAGGAGAAUGCUAAUAAAGCGGCUUUUAGCGAGCCGGCUGCUCCCACACGCACUCGCGGUCGCCAAGAAGAGGAUGAUUGGUCGGUCGUCGACUCUGAUGAUUCCUCUGACGAUGAAGACGAAGCUCCGCAAGGGGGUGCGAAGCAGCUGGCUUCGUUGCUGUUUGGUACUAUGGCCCCUCCACGCCCACUCUCCUCGAUGGACAACAAGAGUGAUCGUGCAGAAAGUCCGGCAGUUACUUCGCCUGCCGCUAUCCCGCCACCUCCGCCCAUGCCAACCGGAGGGGCUCCACCACCACCACCUGGACCGCCACCGCCCCCGGCCGGAGGACCACCUCCCCCUCCUGGCAUGCCGCCGAUGCGGCCUCCGGGCGGAGGGCUGGAUAGGGGUGCCUUGCUAGGUCAAAUCCAAGCGGGCAAGGGUCUGAGAAAGGUAGAGACGAAAGACAGGAGCCAGGCACCUACAGCUGGCCGAGUCUUGUAA